AUGCCCAAGCUCUCCCCAUCCAUCAAAUCCCUCCUCUCCGCCCCCAUCUCCAAUCCCCACCCAUACCCCCUUCCUGCCCUCCCAAAGCUCACCUCUACUCUCGACACGAUCCGCUCCCGCGCCUCCUCCGCUGGCGUCGGCACCGAGGCGUGGCUGACCGUCCUCUCCGCAGCGGGCGUAACGGUCAACUCUCCGGCGAGCUAUGUGGGGAUCUGGGAGUGGGCGCGGCCUAUCCUGAGGGAAGGGUAUAAGGUGUCGAGUGGACGGAGGGUAGAGGGGCUGGAAGGGGAGCGAUGGGGGGCCGGGGUGUUCCGGGAGGUCGGGCUGAAGUGUAUCAGCUUCAACGGGAUUCCGAGAUCGAUCAAUGCCUUGAACGCGCUCAGAGAUGCUCUCCCUGAAGAGAUCAGUAGCGGUCUACCUACUUCAUCUACUCGCGACCCCACACCCGCCAAUAUCGAAUCCAUCACCUCCCGCUCCCGAGCCCUCUGGGACGCAAUCUACGCCCCGCAACACGAAAAGCUCAUCAACAAGCUGGACGCUGCCCAUCCCGACCUCCCCGUCCAUAUCCUCAACUCGCACUAUGGCGCCCUUCUCUCGGACCCCUCGUCUGAUCCCAGAAUCCCAAGAGCAGGCCGGAUCCUCACGUCCAUGAUCGCCAUCACAUGUCUUCGGGCGCAAGGGGGCGUAUCCCCACAGGUUCUGUCGCAUGUGUAUGGGUUGAUGAAGGCUGCGGAUCAGCCAGGGGAGGAGGGGCUUGAGGGGAGGGAGUGGUUGAUCUCGGAAGAAGGGAUCAGGUGGGUGCUGGAGAGUACGGAUGCGGUGUGUGCGGUUGUCAGAGGGGAUGGUGGCAAUGGGGUGCCGGAGGUCAAGGCCAAGCUGUAG